AUGUGCGCUCAGGCUGUGGUCAUGUUUCAACCCCUGGUGUGUAGACCGGAUCGGACCAGCUGUCGGCGAAACAGCCUGUUCCUGCCGCUGCUGCUGCUGCUGCUUCUCUACAGCUCCCUCAAGGCCGCUCAGGCUGCCAAGCCCAAAGGGCCAGGACACACACAUUUGAACUCCAUCCGCAUAGACGGGGAUAUCUCCUUAGGUGGGCUCUUCCCAGUACACGCCAGGGGCCACGAUGGCAAGCCAUGUGGGGAGCUGAAGAAGGAGAAGGGCAUACACAGACUGGAGGCCAUGCUCUUUGCCCUUGACCGCAUCAAUAAUGACAAUAAUCUGCUGCCUAACAUCACACUGGGAGCGCGUAUCCUGGACACCUGUUCCAGGGACACUCACGCCUUGGAGCAGUCGCUCACCUUCGUGCAGGCUCUGAUCGAGAAGGAUGGGUCGGACGUCAAGUGCCUGGGUGGGGGAGCGCCCAUCAUCACCAAGCCUGAGAGGGUGGUGGGCGUCAUUGGCGCCUCCUCCAGCUCUGUCUCUAUCAUGGUGGCGAACAUACUGCGCCUGUUUAAGAUUCCCCAGGUGAGCUACGCCUCCACAGCUCCAGAGCUCAGUGACAACACCCGCUAUGACUUCUUCUCCCGUGUGGUGCCUCCAGACACCUACCAGGCUCAGGCCAUGGUGGACAUCGUCAAAGCCAUGCGCUGGAACUACGUCUCCACCGUGGCCUCUGAGGGAAACUACGGAGAGAGUGGCGUCGAUGCUUUCAUUCAGAAGUCUCGGGAGGAUGGUGGUGUGUGCAUCUCCCAGUCGGUCAAAAUUCCCCGGGAGCCCAAGCAGGGAGAGUUUGACAAGGUCAUCCGGCGACUCAGAGAAAACCCAAAUGCAAGAGUGGUCAUACUUUUUGCCAAUGAAGACGAUAUCAGGCGGCUACUCCAUGCUGCUAAAAAGGCCAACCAGACAGGUCAUUUCAUCUGGGUGGGCUCGGACAGCUGGGGCUCAAAGAUCUCUCCGGUUGUGCACCAAGAGGAGAUGGCAGAGGGAGCCGUCACCAUCCUGCCCAAGCGCCAGUCCAUCAAAGGGUUUGAUCGUUACUUCAUCAGCCGAACGCUGGAAAACAACAGAAGGAAUAUCUGGUUUGCUGAGUUCUGGGAGAACAACUUCAGCUGCAAACUCAGCCGUCACGCCGUGAAGAAAGGGUCCGGGCUCAAAAAGUGCACAAAUCAGGAGCGGAUAGGAAAGGACUCGAAUUAUGAGCAGGAAGGAAAGGUGCAGUUUGUUAUUGAUGCCGUUUACGCGAUGGCCCAUGCCCUGCACAACAUGCACCAGGAGCUCUGCCCAGGGAAAGUGGGCCUCUGCGCUAAAAUGGAUCCUAUCAACGGCACUCAUCUGCUGAAGCACAUCCGUCGUCUGAAUUUUGCAGGCAUAGCUGGCAACCCUGUGCUAUUCAACGAAAAUGGUGAUGCCCCCGGUCGCUACGAGAUCUACCAGUACCAGAUCCGAAACAAGACUGCUGAAUAUAAAAUCAUCGGCCACUGGACAGAUCAGCUCCACCUUAACGUUCGUUCAAUGCAGUGGCCCGGCGGUGUCCGCCAGAUCCCUUCCUCGAUCUGCAGCCAGCCCUGCCAGCCCGGCGAGCGCAAGAAGAUCGUAAAGGGCAUCCCUUGCUGUUGGCACUGCGAACGGUGCGAUGGUUAUCAGUACCAGGCGGACACCUACACAUGUAAGAUGUGUCGCUUUGAUUUGCGGCCCAAUGAAAAUCACACGGGCUGCGUUCCAAUCCCCAUUGUUAAGCUGGAGUGGAGCUCUCCAUGGGCAGUCAUCCCUGUGCUUAUUGCAGUCGUCGGCAUCAUGGCCACUUUAUUUGUGGUGGUCACGUUCAUCCGCCACAACGACACUCCCAUUGUGAAAGCAUCAGGCCGAGAGCUGAGCUAUGUGCUGCUGACUGGCAUCUUCCUCUGUUAUGCCACAACGUUCCUGAUGAUUUCAACCCCUGAUGUAGGAAUCUGCUCCCUGCGCCGGAUCUUCUUGGGUCUGGGGAUGAGCAUCAGUUAUGCUGCCCUGCUCACCAAAACCAAUCGUAUUUAUCGCAUCUUUGAGCAGGGCACCAUGUCUGUGAGUGCGCCAAGAUUCAUUUCUCCAGCCUCCCAGCUCGUCAUCACGUUCACCCUGGCCUCAGUGCAGCUGCUCGGGGUGUGCAUCUGGUUUGGCGUAGAUCCCUCCAAGGCCAUUAUUGACUAUGAGGACCAGAGGACGUCUAACCCAGUGCUGGCUCGUGGUGUGCUCAAGUGUGAUAUCUCUGACCUGUCUCUGAUCUGCCUGCUGGGCUACAGCAUGCUGCUCAUGGUCACCUGUACAGUCUACGCCAUUAAAACCAGAGGGGUGCCGGAGACCUUCAAUGAGGCGAAACCAAUUGGUUUUACCAUGUACACCACCUGCAUUAUUUGGCUAGCAUUCAUCCCAAUCUUCUUUGGCACUUCACAGUCCACAGAAAAGGUAAGCUUACAACUACUUCUGGACUGCAGUAAACAGAAGGAGGUGAUCGCAGCAGCCAGAUUUGGAGCAUCUGGACUGCAUGCUCCAAUUGCUCUACCCUUCCUCUCACCUGGACUCAUCCCUGACAGC